AGGACUCCCCGAUUCUGUAGGGGCUUUACUCCUGAUGCCCUCCGCCUGGGAAACUCAGGAUGCCUUUUUCUCACCAGGGAGUUGAUGAGAAUGAUUCAGAGCCAAAUCUGAUGUCUGACGUGACCUGGAAGGAGAGUCCUAUCCAGCUCCAUUGGGACCUCAAAGGCCUGAGGAACAGCAGCCAAAAAGGCAAGAGGAGAAGCCAUUUCAGUGCUCGAUGGGAGGAAAAAGGAAGAGGAGAACCCUCACUUUCCAUCAAAGGAUCCCCUCAGAAGGAAGAUCACCUCAAGGCAUGGAGUGUGGAUCUCCACCAUAGACGUCUGUCAAUCUUGAAUGGCUUGAACAGAUGCUUCCCUCCAUUUCUGCACAUUUCAAUGAGGUGUUUCUGCUCCUUUUUCUUGGAGAAGAAUUAUGGAUACAUCCAGCCAACCCCUCUGGAGGCUCCAGGACCUUCCUUUGGAAGGUUGACCAGGGAUGCCAGAAGAGUCUUCCUGCCAGGGAGUCUCUGGAUGGCUGAGGAGAAGCCUCUGUGGGGCUUUCUUGGCUUUGAGAUUCUCCCCAGAAGCUUUCAGCCAUUCCUUCUCCGGUUUAUACGGCAGCAUCAAAGGUUUCACGUCUUCAAGAGUUUCUCUCUUGUCUUCCAGUGUUCUAAUGUCCGCCCUUGUGUUUCUUUUGGACUCUGUACUAUUAAGUGGUACCAGCUGGUCUCUGUACAUCAGUCACCUGCAGAGGUUCUUCCUCAGUUCUUUCUCUCUAGAAAAAUCAGAAGGUUAGAGAUAAAUUUGGACCAACAAUGAAAGUCAGGGAUGCUGUCAGAAAAUUUCUCACCUCCUGUUUCUCCUCCAGCUCCUUGCAGAGUCCUGCGUUGUUUUCCACAGGCUGGAAAUUUUCCUUCAGGAGCUCCUCAUAGUAGACCUAGCUUUAUACACAUAGGACUAAAAGUGUCAGGAGCCAGACAUUCGUAAGUUUUCUCCUUCUUUUGGAACUUUAUUUUAGAAAUGUAGGGGUGUUUGUAGUACAAUAGAUGUUUCAAUCCAUUUUGGGAUUCCUCGGGAGCUUUUCCUAGUUCUUCAAGUCCUCCUCCUGGUCCUCUCCUUCCCCAUGGGAUGUUCCAGCCCCUUCAACAUGGCGGUUGGUGAGUGAUGGAGUCUCUGGCUCUGGAAGAAUGAGAAGGGGAGAUUUAGUAGUAAGGGUUCCAAUGUGGCCUCCCCAUUCUAAUUUUCAUCUAUUCCUCCAUCUCUUAUAGGGUAGAUUCUUCAUCCUGGAAUCCUAAUGUUAUUUUAUGUAGGCUGAUGAAAAAAAUUAACCUUUGAAUUUAAAUGGAGGAAAUGGGUGGAUUUGUCAUCAAUCCCUGCGUCCAUUUCAUGAUUCCAGGAGUGGCUGGAUGAGAUCUCAUUUCUUUCUAAGCUGCUUCAAGGAAUCCUGGUCCUCUCCCUCCCUCAGUCAGGGCUGCUAUCUCCAUAUUUCUCACCUUCUCAGCCUCUCCCUGAAAUUCUGCAGGAUUGUUGCCUUCUCCUUGCUCAAAUUCUGGUUCUUCAAUCUGAGUUCUUUUAUUUCAUCUUUUAGCUCCACUCGUUCCUCAACCAUCUCCUCAAACAUUUUUGAAUUCCUGAUUUCAGAAGAAGAUUCCAGAAGAUUUGUUCUGGAGCUCCCAGUGUUUGGGGCCUCCUGCUGCACACUUGUGAAGUGAUAAGACAAGAAUGCAGACAUGAGCCACUGUUGGACACUCUGGUCAUUCAAGUCUGGUCAGUUCCAGGACUAAUGAAAUAACAACAAUGACAAUAAUGAUGAUAAUAACAAUGACAACUGUAUUAAUAACUGAAAAAUAACAAGAAAAAGCAAUAACAACCUAUGGAAGUUGAGCGAGGAGACCACGUUCUUCUGUUGUCCUGCACUUUUCAGGGAUAGCUGGAUGUGGCUGAGACAGAGAAUCAUUUCUCCUUGGUGAGGAGGAAGGGGCGAGGAGGGAAAGGAGG